AUGGCACGAUCUCUCCAAAUAAAGGACGCCUCCUUUUUCUUCUUUAUCUUACUAGGGUUAUUUUUCUUAGCCGAUUUCGUUGCUAGUGAACGUACCAUACCUCGGGGCGAACUCAAGAUUGGAACACUUGAGAAACACCUUAAGCAAGCCACCAUCGCAAUUUCACCAAAGUACCGGAGAAAACCCCGAGAUAUUGACCGCCUAAUUGAAGAGUUUAAGAAACAUGCAGUCCCACCUCGAGAAAAAUCUAUCUAUAAAAUAGCAAGUGAACACCUAGGUACUUGGGUCGUGGUGGUUGAUAUUUUCCCGGACCAAGAGGACUGGAAGGGUUUAAUUCCCCAGGAAAUAUUCGAGUUGAUGGAAACGAUAAUCGAGGAAUCUAGUAGUUUCGGUGUUCAAGGCGACCCUGCACCGGCUUGGUUGGGUCCUCUAGCAGGCACUCUCUCGGACGAUGAGUUAGAAAGAAUGCAGAUGGGCUUAGGUAAUGCUAAUAAAAAGAACAAGCGCGGCCCUGGAACGGGGGAUAAAAAGAAGCCAAUUUCGAAGGCGAGAGUUGGGGAUGACCUCUCGCAGGCCGAUAUUGAGCCUGUCCGUUCCGAUUUUAUCGAAAAUCUAAUUAUAUCUCAACCUCCUGAUACCUCCAUCAAAAAAAUGAAUGGAAUUACUUACCGUGAACGUGAAGCUGGGUCUGGGGUUGUGGUUUAUGUCAUGGACAGCGGUCUUGAUUUCUCACACAAGUAUUUCGCCAAUUAUCGAAACCAAUUCACGAGUCCGUCAUCACUCAAUUGGCUCUAUGCAGGCCCAAUGCCAAGUGAUGAAAGAAGUGACGAUGGAAGGCCUUUUAUGGGUUUUGGCGACGACGAGCCGGCCCGUAAGAUUUUUUACACGGGGACUGUAACAGCUUCUAAGAUUAUUGGUGAGACAGGAAUAGCUCCCUCCGCUGAUUUAGUGGCCGUCAAAUUACAGACAGGUCGGAAUUCUUACUCGUUUACGAACGUACUUGACUGUUUGCUCAAGAUUUUCGACCAUUUUAAAUUAUUAAAGGAAUUGGAUCGAGAUAAUGAGCUGAACUACAAGGGGGCCGUCAUCAUCGCGGCAUCUGGUUCGAACCAGCAGGGAUAUGAAGAAGAGCCGGUCAACAUUUUUUCUAAAUUGAUUAUAGAUAUCUUAUUUCAGCUCGGAAAUUUGAAUGCAUACACCUUUUUCUCGGGCUUAUCUGGGAAGGAGACAACGGUAAGGUUUCCUAGAUCUAGCCUCACUUUGAUUAAAUUUGCGCCAAAAACUGCGCGUUUUUUGGAGAAAACUUCUUUCGUCGGUAGCACCGAUGAUGCAAAGGGCGGGGUUCAUGCAAAUAAAGGCCAUAUAAGACCUAGAUUCUUUGCACCUGGAACCGUUUCAGUACCAUGGCUCUAUGAUCACUAUCGGGGCAAUGACAAAAAACUGCCUUACAUUAGCCAGACCACAACUCGCUAUGCGAGUGCAAUGGCGGCGGGUGUCUGUGCGGCGCUGAUCAGUCGUGGCUGGGAGGACCCCUUACAGAGAAUGGAAGAAUUAUCAUAUCGGCGGAAAGAUGGUAGCGAUUAUCCAAAACUCAUCUGGAAUGGGAUCAACAGAUCGACUUGGGCUAAGGCUUUGCACAAAUAUCCCAUCAGCCCCAAAGAAGGCGGGACUAGAUAA